AUGAGAAGAAAGGCCAAGACCAAGCCGCUGCCCAGGACCUCCAUUGCCGCCCUCAGUGCAGCACCCACCAAGCCCAGCUCCAAGCAGCUGCCCACCACCUCCAGUGCCACCCUCAGUGUAGCAGCUGCCAAGCCCAGCUCCAAGAAGCUGCCCUUGACCUAUAGUGCCGCUCUCAGUGCAACAGCCACCAAGCCCAGAUCCAAGGAGAAUGGCACAGGGAGUGGAGGCACAGGGGGCCCCACAUCAAGACAAGACAAGAAGGUCAUCCAGACCAAGGUUUUGGGAACAGUAAAAUGGUUCAAUGUGAGGAACGGAUACGGUUUCAUCACAAGGAAUGACACCAAGGAAGACGUAUUUGUGCAUCAUAUGGCCAUAAAAAAGAACAACCCGAGGAAGUACUUUCACAGUGUAGGAGAUGGAGAGACCGUGGAGUUUGAUAUUGUAGAAGGAGACAGGGGCAAGGAGGCAGCAAAUGUUACAGGCCCUGGUGGAAUUGCGGUUCAAGGCAGUAAAUAUGCGGCAGACCGGAACACACGCUGUGCAGAUCAGAGGGGUCCUCCAGGCCGUCACCAGCAAAACUGCCAGAACAGCCAGAGUAAGGAAAAGAGUGAGGGAACAGAAAGCUCUACUGAAGGUCAGGCCUCACAGCGCUGGCCAUUUCCUGAGCGAGGGUUCCCACCUUUCACUAUGAGGAGACGCUGUGGGCGCCAACCACAGUGUUCCAGCCGCCCUGGGCAAGGAAAAGCGAUGGAAGGUGCUGACAAGCAGGGUGCACGAGAGCAAGGCAGACCAGUGAGACAAAAUAUGAAUCAGGGCUACACACCAAGAUCUCGCAGGGGCCCUCCUCGCCAAAGACAGCCUAGCGAGGACCACAAGGAAGAGGACAAGGAACAUCAAGGAGCCUCUGAGACCCAAGGUCAGCAGCCACCUCAAGGUCGGCGUGGCCGCAACUUCACGUACAGAUGCAGACACCCGGAGAUUCCUAAACCACAAGAUGGCAAAGCGACAAAGGCAGCAGAUCCACCAGCUGACAAUCUGCAGGCUCCCCAGGCUGAGCAGGGCGAGGCUGACUAA